AUGAUAGCCACCGCAGGCGUCCCAGAGACGGAGAUGGCGUCAGUGCCGAUUCGUGCCAAGAAUCACUGGGUGGCGACGGCGGAGGAGUGGGACGCGCAGAAGGAACAGAUCUUGCACCUCUACAUAGAAUUGAACAAACCACUGAGGCAAGUGGCGGAUAUUAUGCGCCAAAAGCAUGGAUUCUGCGCCAGCCCCAAGCAGUAUAAGCACCGUUUCAAGGUCUGGGGGAUGAGAAAGAAUCUGACCCGUAACGAACGCGACGAUGUCUGGCUCAAAGCGGCUCGCGGCCAGGCAGCUCAACUUCCACUCGUGAAGGGAAGGCAGCUUGGCUCUCAACGGCUCAAGAACUUUAUCGCCAACCGCGCCGAGGUGAGGAUAGUACAACCAGGGCUACCGGAGAGUCUGAAGCUGGCCGAGAGCGCGAUGCGAGCUACCGUGAUCUACUCCGAGGACUGGGUCAAGCAUAUGGCCAUAGUGAAGGAUGACCUGGCCGGGGUUCGGACCAGAGGGUGGUGGGUGGACAUCACGAGUGCCGCCACGAGGAUAAAAGACCAGCCAGACUCGCCGGCUGGCUUUGCGAUGCUGAAUGACUGUUGCUCUCGGUUUCAGUCCGUCCUUCGUUACUGGGACUCCAAUCUGGUACAGUGCACUUAUUUCGCCUUGUUAAGCCUCGCCAACGCCGGAGAAGAGGUGGCCAGGCUGUUCAUCAAGUUUGCCGCAGAGCUCUGCGCAAUUGAAUUGGGGCCGACACACCCGUUCACGAUGCUCUGGGUCAGCAUCCACGCGAUGGGCAUCUCGGAAGCACGGCAGGCCGAGAUCCCAAUUCUCACGGCCUAUUUCAAUAUCGUCCUGGGGAAUAUAGAUAUGGGCCAUCCAAUGUGGCUUACGUCAAAGUAUUUCUUGGGAACUUUCCUCUACCGAGCAGGCGCAGUCGACGCAAGCACUGUACUGGAGAUGUUUGCAUCUUCUCUAGGCCAGCUUUCGGAGCACUGCGCUGCUGGCGGCAAGUACGCGAGAUACUGGGCUACCUGGAGCAACUCACUGUCGACGUUGACGUCCGAAGUCGACACCACUCUUGGGCCGCACCACGACGCAUUACUAAGUAUAUGCCACGUGGAGGAGUGGGACAAGAACUACCAAUUCACGCUGGAUAAUAUAGAGAUCGAUGUCACGCAGGCCUUUGGCGCCACUGGCGAAUUCGUGGAUAGGGGAACGAAUGCCGAACUCUUCUACCGACGCUCGCUGGACCUGGCACUUGAGCGGAAAUCGCGGGGCGACCCUCGGAUACUGAAGGCGUACGAGGACCUUGAGUCUUUUUACCGCCGACACUCGCAGUUCGAGGCAGCGGAUGCUGUACGCAUUGAGAGUCAAAAUCAUCCAAACUCAUCCGACAUUCAGCCAUCGACACGAGCCAAGAGUCACAACGGGAAAGGCGUGAAGCUCGAAGGGACAUCAGAUGUCAAAGAAGCACAGACUGCGACGAUGAAGCAAAGGGCGAAGAUGAAGUAA